UGUCUGAAGAUAAUAGAGAUGGGACCUCCUUCCUAUAACAGCCGAGCUGUCAGCAGUACAGUUGUUCAUCUUGACGGCGGAGACACCACUGCUGAGUUUCAAGCAUUUCACGCAGCCAUGGAAGAGAAGCAGCAGCCCACAGGAGGGCCUCAUUUUGUGGGGAAGAAGGAGGAACUGAUUGAAGCGAAGCGCUCUUUCAGAACACUAGAGGGUCGGGAUAUACUGAUCAUCCACCACCAGGGAGUCUUCUACGCUGUGGACUCUUACUGUUAUCAUGCUGGGGGAGAACUGCAGAAUGGAGACAUUGAGGAAAUUGAUGGCAAGCUGUGCAUAAUUUGUCCAAAGCACAAGUACAAGAUCUCUCUUGCCAAAGGGGAGGGCAUAUACAAGGGCACCAACCCCAGGGAAAAGCCGCCUGUGCCCCGAUGGUACUCUAAGGGAGUGAAGCAGCGGACCCACACGGUUACGGAAACCAACGGGGAUGUCUAUGUCAAGCUCUCUACAGAGACGUGCUGGAUUGACUCAGACUUCUACCAGGGAGAGAAAGGCAAGGUGGAGAGGGCCAAAGCUGAGGCAGCUGACAACGAAACAUCUUGAUAGUAACACAGAUGGAUGAAGAUCUCUAUAGUCUGUUCUUGUCUCCCCUAAUCUCCUCUAAAGCAAUGGCUCAGGGGACUGCUAGGGGCUCUUGAGGGGGUUCCGGGGGGCCCUAUUUCAGUAGCUAAAUGUUUGUCCAUUGAGAGAAUAUAUAAGAAUGAUAAUUCUGUUAAUAAGUUUCACACUAUUGACUGUUCAUCUGCCAAUCUACACUAUAGACAGUUAUGGAAUAAAUAAAUCUUAUCAGAUGUGGAUCACUGAAACUCUCUGGGGUCUGGGGUUCCUUGAUACCAAAAAUGUUAAGAACCAUGGCUCCAAAGAACUGCAUGAUGACUGUAUGGAGAGGAUGUCAGAUAUGCAGUAAUCACUUGAAUUUGCAUGGCCUUAAAAUGGGUCGUGUUUUUAAUGAGUUUAGGAGUGUUUCGAAUUUUAAAUUGCAUUUUUUGGGCCUUGCAGAUUGUUUACACACCAGGUCACAUAGUUCCAUGCACAUGCAUCAUUUAAUUCACGGAAUAAACUUUUUUUUAAUGGAUGAAUUUUCUGAUUGUCUGUCCUCAAUCUGGGCAGUGGCACCAGGAAGUUAAAUGCAUGCCCACACUGCUGUAUUUCUCUGCAUUUCAAUAUUGUUCAUGUAUUAUGCAUACAGUGAAUGAAUCAAUAAGAUAAAAGGGUUUAUGCUGAUCAAUAAUGUUGUAAAGUGGACAAUCGUUAAUGUAAAACAUAAAGAUCAUACCACAAAA